UGCAGUCUGCCCCAGGGCGCGGGGGCUAGACAAUGACUAGCAGUAACUAUAUACUGAGGAUGGUACUAGCUCUAGAUAAAUGGUUUUGGUGGCACGAAUACUGGUUCCCACCAGGAAUCACCUGGGAGGACAUUAAAGAAUCUGGGAGUAUCUCCUAUCCCAAACCUCGAGAUCUCCUGUACGUCGUUCCCUAUGCCUUGCUCUUAGUUGGUGUCCAAUACCUCUUUCAAAGAUUCAUAGCCCUGCCCCUGGGCAGACAGCUGGGGGUGAGGGACAAGGUGAGAUUGAACGCUCCACCCAAUACUGUGCUGGAAACCUUCUAUGCUACUCACAGCAAGAAGCCAAAGGAGGGGCAGCUGAUCUGCUUAUCCAAGCAGUGUGACUUGCCCACCAUAAAGGUGGAGAGGUGGUUCCGAUACCGGCGGAACCAGGACAAACCCAGCCUGACUACAAAAUUCUGUUCAGUGAGUUGGAGUUCUUUGUGUUACCUCAUUUCCUUCUGCACUGGACUUGUGGUCUUGUACGAUAAGCCCUGGCUUUGGGACCCAAGAGAAUGCUGGGUGGGGUAUCCACAGCAGCCACUACAGCGCUCUGUGUACUGGUACUACAUGAUGGAACUCUCCUUUGCCUUGUCACUGACUUUCACCAUGGCCUUUGAUGUGAAAAGAAAGGACUUUAAGGAACAAAUUGUGCACCACGCAACUACCAUCAUCCUGAUCAGUUACUCGUACUGUGCCAAUUACCUCCGGAUUGGGUCUUUGGUGAUGUUGCUCCAUGUUUCUUCCACUUUUCUCCUAGAGCUAACCAAGCUGCUUCAUUACUUGAACUGGAGAUCCGCAAGCGACCUUCUCUUCUUAACUUUCUCAUUCGUUUUCCUUGUUACUCGGCUCAUCAUUUUCCCAUGCAGGGUGCUGUAUACUUCAUUGUAUAGUUCCAUGGAGCAAUACCAGCCCUUCUUCGGCUACUAUUUCAUGAAUGCUCUCCUGAUGGUUCUGCAGUUGCUGCACGUCUUCUGGGCCAGCCUAAUCAUUCACAUGCUCUACAAAUUCAUCAAUGGCACGCUAAAAGAUGAUGCAAGAAGUGACACAGAAGAAAGUGAUGAGAGUGAAGAAGAGCAGGAACAGAAGAAAAAAGAGACCACGCGUUUCAGCAACGUCACAAACAAUUGCAGCCAAAGUAACGGCUACUGCUCUGAAACCAGCCAAAGUAAUGUGGCCCAACAACUAACUGGCAGAGCCCAUCUCACUAAUGGGUGUGCUGAUGCUCCAGAAGUGCUGACUGCCCCUGUCCACAACAAAGCAGCCCAGUGGCCUUAGGAACUGUCAUGCUCACUGUGUAGACCUAUGGGGAUUAGGGUGACCAGCUGUCCUGAUUUUAUAGGGACAGUCCCGAUUUUUUUUUUCUUAUAUAGGCUCCUAUUACCCCCCACCCCCCUGACCUGAUUUUUCACACUUGCUGUCUGGUCACCCUAGUGGAGAUACAGCCAUUUGGCUAGUUAGUUUUAAGACUAGCAACUAAAAGUUGCAAAUCUUUUAACCCAUAAGACAAUGAUGUAUUCUUAUUGCAGAUAAGUAUUUUCCACAAAACUGAUACUGAGCAUAACUAAUGCCAGAGCCAUGCUGAAGAAAGGCGCAUGUCUCAGGCAGAUACUUCCCUUCUGAAGUAGGUACAUUACUUAACCAAUACAGCCUUCUUCCUCGCCUGUGGGAGUGUGGGUUUUGGGAAGUUAGUGAAGUAAGUGUUCUUAAGCAAUUCCCAAUUAUCAUUCAUGCUUUUCUGUUUAAAUUCUUCCUCCCAGCUGAUUCAGCUCACAAUUGUUUUCAGCUUUUUUAAACUGGCCCUUUUAAAGAGCCAAGUAUAUCUUGGGUCUGGACUUCAUUAUCAAUGUGAUCAAGAUGUGAUCACUUGUAUCUAAGGUACCAGUAAGUUUUAGUUCUGUGAGUAAUUCCUUUUUGUCUGUCAGGAUGAGGUCGAAUAUAGAAUUGCCCUGGGUUGGAUGCAACACUUGUUGAGUUAGGAAAUUGUCAUCUAUAAAAAAAAUUAGAAAUUCCAAGAAUGUUUUAGUCCUGGUAGCAUAAGACCUCCAUCAUAUAUCAUCAAAUUAAAGUUAUUACAUUAUAAGGUGUGUAAGGAGAGGUCAUCCUGUUCCCUAGUGUGAUUUGAUGGUCUGUAGCAGAUACCAGCUUAUACCCUAUCUUGAGGUUUAUCUGUUAGGCCAUUGGUUCGUAAGCAAGCUAGAUCAUUUUCUUCUGAGCUGUCAGUGACUCAGAAACAGGUAAUGCCAUUUUUGCCAGAAUAUCUCUCCCUCACUUCCCUUGCCCACUUUAUCCUUCCUACCUAGGGUACAACCAUGAUUUUAACAUUGCCAGUCAUUUGAACCAUCCCACCAGGUGUCAGUGACACCAACCAGAUCAAAUUUAUGCACAGAAAUGAGUAAUUCCAGUUCCUCUUGUUUGUUACCCAGGCUCCUACAAUGGGUACAUAGGGACUUAAAUAAUUUCUUCUCUUUGUGUUCGUUGGUUCCUUGAUUAAUUUUGUUCUAAACAUGUCAGUUUGGUGCUACAUAGUGCGAAUAUCUUCCCUCUUUUCACCCUCCCCUUUUGUUGGUAGUCAUGCUACACCCUCCUGACCACUCUAGCUGGCCUGUCCCCAAGAAGAUUGGGUCAGAAGGUGGCCCAAUGUUCCACAAAACCAAAACCCUCCACACUCUACCACUUACCUACCCAGCAGCUCACUUCUGGAAUUUUCC